AUGAAGAACGACUGCGAUGACCCAGUUUCAAAAGCCUUGAUAAUGAAGAACGACUGCGAUUACCCAGUUUGGCCAAUAGCAACAUCAAACGCCGGUACACCAUCGCUGGUUCCGACAAGCUACGUCCUCCAACCAGGUCAAUCCAACACCAUCUCUCUCCCGCCUUCCUGGUCUGGUUCCAUAUGGGGCGGAACCGGAUGCAGCAUCGACGACUCAGGCGCCUUCCAUUGUCUCACCGGAGGCUGCGUAUCCCACACGUUGGGAUGUGGUGGUGAAAGUGACUUGUUGCAGCCGGCCUCAACCAGCAUAGCGGCGUUCAGGUUGAACGCAACAGAUGGGAUGGACUAUUACGAGGUGAGCUUCAGAAACGGAUAUAAUCUUCCCAUUAUAGUGGCUCCUGUGGGUAGGAGAAGUGGUGGAGAUGAUAAACAUCACUGUACUACUGCUGGAUGUGCUGUGAAUUUGAUCAGCUCGUGCCCACCGGAGCUCCGGAACAGCGACGAGAGCUUGGGGUGUAAGAGUGCAUGCCAGGCCUUUGCGGAGCCCAGUUUUUGUUGCAGUACUUGCAAUUGCAGCCAUAACCGCUACACACAGUUCUUUAAGCAAGCAUGUCCGAAGGCUAACAGCUUUGCUAAUGACAAUACCAGCACCUUUUCCUGCAUUUUUCAGCAAGAUUUCAUCAUCAUUUUUUGUCCUUCCUCUUCAACCACUAGGUAA